CACAGAACCAGAUCUUUUGGCAGCAGCCGGUGGCGUGACCACUUGCCAUCCAUCUUGGCUGCGCUUAUACACGCCGACUCCAUUCGACAGCGCCUCAGUUGGCUUCUUCCAUCCCACACAGCAGCAUGAUGGACAUGGCGUACGUCGGGGGUGCGCAGCGCGUGGACAAAAUCUUUGGCGAGCAGGCACAGUCGCUCCGCCCCAAGCCGCUGCGGCCCUCCACCGAGGCGCGUCUGGUCGAGCUCAUGGAGAAGCGAUCGUCCGACUUUGUCAAGCUCAUGCUCGAUGGGCCAUCGACCCUCCGAUUUGUGCGCGAGAAGCGGGGCGUGGCACUCCUCGAAGGACACAACCACAAGAAGCAGUACAUGGUCAAGGCGACGACGACGGUGCAGGGCUCUGUCGAGGACAUUCUUCUCUCGUUUCAGAUGAACAACACGUGGGACUUCGACACGACGAUGCACAAGUUCUUCGACUUGUACGCGAACAAGGGCGCGACGCUCUCGACGGUCGCGUCGCAGCCCAUCGCGGUGCACUGGAUGUCGCUCAACACGGACAAGAUCGAGUCCCGCGACUUUGUGUUUGCUUCGCACGCGCGCUUUUACGAGCACACGGACGCCGGCCUCUGCCUCCUCCCGUUCACGUCCCGCUCGGACGCGACGUCCGGGUCGCUCGUCUGGGAGUCGGUGGACCUCGCCAAGGAAAUUCCGCUCCUGCGCCAGACAACGACGGGCUGCACCCGCUACUACUUUCGCCACGCUGGAUUUUACGUCGAAACGACGAGCGAAGACGAUACAUGCCGCGUGUCCUUUGCCCUCUCGUUGGACAACGACGCGGGCUCCGUCGGCGGCUCCAAGUGGAUGCACAACCUCGCGCUGAGUCUCGAGAACCUCGCGCGCGCGCUGCGGCGCAUCGAGCUCGUCCCGAAAGAGAAAUGGCACCACCGCGAACACUGCACGCUGUGCAAAAAAUCGUUCCGCGCGUUCCGCCGGCGCCACCACUGCCGGCUUUGCGGCGAGUCCAUUUGCGGAGACUGCUCCAAGACGAUGCAACUGGACACGCCGGUAAUCGACCACGGCCAGCGCGUCGAGCUCACGAGUCUCCGGAGCUGUCUCCGGUGUUUCGACACAUGUGGCAGCUCGUCGUCCGACCGCCGGUCCCGGUCGAGCACAGCGUCGUUCGAGUAUACACGCAGCUUUGACGAGCCGCGGACACAUCAAAGCACUUCGUCCUCGGCGAACCUCACCAAGAGCUUCGCUUCGUCCAGCGGCAGCUUUGACGAGUCGGUCAAGCCGCGUCGUCAGCGACUGCCAUCUUCGUCGCAGGCGUCGGUUGUCUCGGCAAGUGAGAUCUCGGCGCUGGACGAGCUCCUCGGCACGUCGCUGCGGUCCGUCGACUCGUCUGCACGUUUAUUGCAGACAAAAGGAUCAUUUGUAAACCUGCAUCCAGUCAACACACCGACGCCGCCUGUCGCGGAGACUGACCGCGAGAGUCUCAACAGCCUUGACGAUCGGUCAUCGUCUGGCUCGGAGGUUUACGUGCUCGACGACGAAAACGGGUUCGACGUUAGCGCCGGUGGGCGCAGCGCCAAGCGACCGGCGUCACCGUCAUCUGCUGGCGACGUACCCGUGCAGCCCCAGCCCGAGCCGCUGGGCUUCGUGGUCUUUGACGGCACCAAGAAGCAGCCGUCCGAGCCGGCCCUUGUCUCCGAUAUGAUCAAGCUCCAGAUGUAGUCGUAUCCCUCACUGUUUCCAUCGAUGGCAGUACCACCGGUGAAGCAGCAACGACCGGUAUUAGAGUAAUUAAACUGUCGUCGUAUGAAGGCAAAUCAUGUCCUCA